CAGCGCUCCCUUUCAGUUAAACACUUCAAAUGAGCAAGUACAUAUUUAAAGGUAUCCUUGGAUCCCAACACUGUGUAAAAGCACAUUCACAAACACACACAUAUGCAUAGUCUGCCUGUGAGCCUUUCCACCAGAUCGCUGCCAUUUGCAUGUUGUAACCCAUUAAAAUUAAACUUCAUUCACUUCUUUUUUUUCUAUCACUCUAUCUAAUAACACACAUGUUUAACUAUACAAAAUGUGUAAUGGUCAAUCUUAGGCCAUUUUAUUUAUAUUUUACAUGGUAAGAUUUUUUCAUUUUUGGUAACAGGAGUGAGUUUCAAGCAUCUUGAGCUGAGCACCUUCAGGUGGUUUACCAAACCUUUUUUAAAUAUAAUAACAUCUAAGAUAUAAUUUAGGUCACAGGACUGAACGUUGAGGUUUACCUUCCUGGUUAUACUUUAAAUAUGAUCAAAAAUAAGGAAAUAGAGUGAGAGGUGUUACUUUUGGUCUUCCGUUGCCUUUAGAAGACUCAAAUGAUGCUUGUGACUUGUGAAAUGUACCACAUUUUUAGAGGGAGGGAAUAUGUCAGGGCAACAGGACUGAGGGAAAACCUGGGGACACAACUAAAAUGUGAAGUUUAACAUAUUAUAUACAUAUAAAAAUACUCACAAUAAUACAAAAAAAAAUUCUGAAGGAUUCUAAUCAUUAUAUUUCAUGGUAAAGUGAGAGUGGGCUGAAAUCCUUUUUGUAGUAGUAGUUUUUAUUAAGGUUUUACAUAAUAUAUCUUUAAAUUGCAAUUAGAACAAAGUGCAGGACGCUUCAUAAUAUGUAUAGUUUUUAUACAUAAUUAUUCAUGUAAUAUCCUAGGGAUGGGAAAGGCACCGAUUUGGGAGAAUUGACCCCCUGUAUUUCCACACAUUUUUAUGGAAGCCCAUUUCUGCCAACGUGACAGGAAACGAAUCUGUAAAUCAUUAUAAUGAGAAACUUUCUUAAAAUACUGAUAUAUCUUAUAAUACUGACUUUGUGAUACUAAAUCCUUAUUUUGAGAUGCUAAAAAUAAUUACUUAGGUUAAAGGUUUCUCAUUAUUUUGAGAUACUAGGUAAAAGUACUGAGAAGGUUUCUCCUUAUAAUGAUUUACAUACUCUUUUUUUCUUCUUUUUUCGGUCAUAUUGGCGGAAAUGAGCUUCCAUACAUUCGUGUAAACUUCCCCCAGGCUCGCCCACACCCCCCUUCCAGGUAGAGCAUCAUACUGUAACACAGCUCUACACUGCGCUCUGCUGGACGACGACCAAUCAUCACACACACACACACACACACACACACGUAUUUUUAUCCUGCAGAAGAGGGGCGCAUUUCGAGCAUUUCGCCCCCCCACUCAUUAUGAUCACACCGCCGUGUUUCGCGUGAACAGCCCACUCGGCCUUUUCAUUGGUGCCUUGUGUGCGCUGGGAUGGGCACAAUCCUGCAGGAGCGAGUGCCACAACAAUGCCUGGAGAGGGUCUCCAUCAGGGAGAGGGACUGGAAGAAGAAGGCAUCGUGGAGCAACAACAGGCCUAAUGUGGGCAGGUAGCGUGGGAUCAUAUGUUAUUCAGACCGAGGCUCUCUCUGCUGCGUUAUUAUCCGCACUUUGAUCUCCAAACGCAUCUCUGCUCCGUGUGUGGAAUUACAGCAACAUGUCGGCACUGCAAAUCCCGCGAUAUAUUCCAGUUUCUGUAUCUCAUUUGUGUUUUCUUAUGCAGUGGUAUCUGGGUCAUUGCUUGCAUUUAAUAUUUCAUCUUUUUCUUUUUUUUUUCAAGCAACAAAAUGGGCAGGCGGCAGUCACAAAGGAAGUCCCUGCAGCCACAGUGCACGAUCCCGAGUCAGGAGAAAAAUAAUGAGAAGAAGCUGCAGCAGAGAAGAAAGCACAAGUCUAACACACCCUCAACCAAACGCAAUACGUCUCAACACAGUGCUCAGGGAACCUCAGAGUCUAAGUCCCCUGCAGAGGACAGGAUGGAGCCGAAGGUGCGGCCUGCUGCUCAACACUGCAGCUGCAGAGAACACGAACACACAGGUGUCAGAGGGAGCAGACACACACCAGCCUUCCCCUGCCACCGCCUGACUGAUUCAAGUCCUGAUCUGCUGGAGAGACUGUCACCGAACCCUGAGGCAGGAAGUCUGAGCGGCCAUGGAGAAGGUGACAGCGACAGCGACUUGUCUGAGUCAGAGAGACUUCCUGUGUGGCCCUCUGGUCGGGUUCCUCCGCAGCUCGAGCUGAGGCCUGAGGUCAUCGAGGCUGAAGACUGCUCCCCUUGCGGUCUAGGGCCCAGAGGACGCCAUGGUGGCUUUGACUUCCCAGACUUCCUCCCUCCACCUUUUAACUCCUGGAACCUCAGUCAGCUGGCGGUCUUCUACAACAUGGAGGGCCGGGGGGCACCUCGACCGAGGCCUGUGGGCCCUUUGGAAAGGUACCUGGACAGGCUGCUGCAGCUGGAGUGGCACCAGAUUCAGACCUCCCAGGAGGAGAGUGGGAAGUCUGCGGUGUCGGAUGUCAUAUCCAGCUGCCACAGGUCCCCUGCCGCUGCCUCGUCGCGCCUCAGCUCUCCAAAGUGCAUCCUCCAGUGUCAGCGUGCCUUCCCCCUCACCUUCCUCUCCUCUCUGGCCAGCCACUCUUCCCUGCUUUCCGGCUGUGCCUGCACCCUCUGCCGUAUCCGCUACUCCACCUGUAACACGUCAUGCUGCCGCUCUGGCCUCAGCCACAGCCGUCAGUCUAGACUGAGCCCCAUGCUGGAGCGCAGGGGUCCAGCGUCGCUUCCUAAAAGGAGCUACAGCGAGAGCCGGGCGCACCCCUCUGACAAGAGCUCUGCAUCCCAGGCUCAGAGGUUCAGCAGCCCUGUGAGGACCAACAACCACCUGAGGAGGAUGCAAGCCUCGGGCAACAUCCGCAACCCCGUUGAAGGUGCUAAUGCGAAACCUCAUUCUACUGCCAGAGACUCUAGUGCCGGGGCUGUGAGGGAGCGCUCGGGACUGUUGGGGGAUGUGUUGGACUACAGGACAGCUGGGUUUAGGAGGAGGAGCGGCUCAGAGCAGAGGAGAGGCGGGGUAGAGAGAGGCGCAUCCGAGAAAAGACGGAGCGGUUCUGAGUGUAGGAGAGGAGGAGCUGAGCGGAGGAGAGCAGCUGAGCUCAAGGAACAGGAAAUAAAACCAGAUGCCGUCACUGCAAUAAUGGACAAUUUGCCUGGUUCCAAAAAAUCUCCUAUAAACAGACCAAACAGACCCAAACAGGUUGAAUUUGUUACAUAACAACAGCGUGAGUACUUUAAGUUUAAUCUCAGGAUUCCUACACAUUAUACCUUUCAACAUUCCAGACUUUUCCAGACUAAAAUUUUGGACAAAACCACAUUAGACAUCUGAUUACAAAUAGCUAGAUGUUUAUUAUGUAAAUAAUUGAUUUUAAAAUCCAACUGUUAACAUGUAUGCUUCAUGCUAUUACAGCAUCUGUGCCCAUGCAAAAGGUUUCCUUACACAAAAAAACAUAGUUUACUUUAAACUACAUUACUGCAGAACUCAUGAACGUUCACACAAGCUUAAUAU